AGAGUUUUAACUUUUACGCAAAAUAUGCAAUUGAUAGAGCAACGACUACACAGCCAUGUUGUAGACAUUGAGUAACAAACAACAACCGGAAUAAGUUGACAAGUUUGAAGCGGUUGAUAUGGUUGACAAUGGCACCGCCACCCACCCCGUCGCGAUUGACUCACCGCUACUCAACAACUUCGUCGACGGCGCUGUCGACUACAGAGGGCGUCCGGUUCUCAGAUCCAAAUCCGGUUGCUGGCGAUCUGCAUAUUUUAUCAUCGGCGUUGAAGUGGCGGAGAGAUUUGCAUAUUAUGGCGUCAGUUCAAAUUUAAUCACAUACUUGACCGGUCCCUUGGGGCAAUCGACGGCUACGGCGGCGGAGAAUGUCAACGCCUGGUCUGGAACGGCGUCGCUUCUUCCUCUCCUUGGCGCUUUCAUUGCUGAUGCUUUUCUCGGCCGAUACCUAACGAUCAUCAUUGCUUCUCUGCUAUAUGUUCUGGCGCUUGCGUUUCUGGCUUUUUCCACUUUGAUUCCUUCCAAUUGUGAAACCGCCAAUGGUGCCUCACCAUGUUCUCCUCAACUCCAAGUCAUCCUGUUCUUCAUCUCACUAUACCUUGUCGCAAUUGCCCAAGGUGGCCACAAACCCUGUGUUCUAGCUUUCGGGGCUGACCAAUUUGAUGCAGACAAUCCACAAGAACGCAAAGCCAAAAGCUCAUUUUUCAAUUGGUGGUAUUUUGGAUUGUGCGCUGGUCCAGCUGUGGGAAUCUUUGUUGUUAGUUACAUUCAAGACAAUCUUAGCUGGGGUCUCGGAUUUGGGAUUCCUUGCAUCAUCAUGGCUUUUGCCCUCGUCAUAUUCUUGAUUGGAACCGUCACUUAUCGAUUUGGAGAGAAAACCGAGGAGAAAAGUGCUUUUCUCAGAAUUGGCCACGUGUUUGUUAAAGCAGCUAGGAAUUGGAACACUACACCUUCAAGAAUAUCAUCGGAAGAGGAAGCUUCUGGAAUCUUGCCUCAUCAAGAUUCUCAACAAUUCAGAUUUCUGGACAAAGCUUUGUUUAAGGGAUCAAAUGAAGAUGGAACUGUUUGUAAUAUUGAUGAAGUGGAAGAAGCGAAGGCAGUUCUUAGACUAGCUCCAAUAUGGGUCAAUCGGGUCAAAUUUCAAGAUUCCAGCCGCCACACUACAAUCUUUCAUCGGUCUCUCGGUUAUGAUUCUAAUUCCCAUCUAUGA